AUGUUGAAUAAACUUUUGCCGAAUAUCUACAAAUGUAAGAAUUUAAUUGAAGGAAAAAAUUUGUUACUUCAUUUUCAAUAUAAAAGAAACUAUGAGGCAAACAUUACCAAAAGAAGUAUAAGGAAGUUACUUCAUUUUUUUUAUAAGCAAGUUCAUCCAGACUUAACAAGUACAUUGCCAGAAGAAUUGAAAAAAAAAAAUUCAGAAUCAUUGAGUGUUUUAAAUUCAUAUAUAGAUAUAUUAAGUACUGAAAAAAAUGAAGAAAACAUAUUUAUAGAGCGAAAUAUCGUAUUUUUUAAAGUUUUUGAAAAUAAAGAGAAUAAAAUAAUUCAAGGGAGAUAUAAACAUUUAGUAAUAAAACUACACACCUUAUCAAAUAAUUUGACAGAAAAUGAGAAAGAAAAAAUUAUUGUAAAGUUAAUAUAUGAUAUAAAACAAGCUAUAGGAGCAGAUGAAGAAAAAGGAAAAGAUAAUAUAAAUCAUGAUGAUUACAAUAUGUCAUUUGAUGAUAAUAUAUAUGAUAAAAAAUAUGAUAGAGAGGAAAAAAAAGAUAUUAAUUUAUUAUGGGAUAAACUGACAAACCAUGUAAAAGAUACACAAGCUUUAUAUCAAUUAUCAGAUGAACAAGUUGAAUUAAUAAAUCAAAGGAAAAACUAUUUUUAUUAUAUAAAAAAAAAAUUAUUAGAAAAAUAUGGAAGAAUUAGACAUAAGAAAAGAAGGAAACUUAAAAUAGAAAAUAUUAAACAAGUUGCAAAUAAAAUUGUUCUAACUAAAUUUCCAGAUGUUCAUCAAAAAUAUAUAAAAAAUAAUUUUGACGAUAUAAAUAAUUAUCAUCAAAGUUAUCAAAUAAUUCAAAAUGGAUAUGAUCCAUCCUUACUAUUUUUUCAUAAAGAUUUAAAAGAACAUAAUAAAAUUAUAGCUCUUCAAAAUAUAUGCGGAUUAAAUUUAAAAGAUGAUGCUGAUAAAUGGCUUCUAGAAUCAUGCCUCAAACUUUUAAAAAAUCACCCUAUACAAAUACCUAUAGUUAUUUGUGACGAACAAAAAGAAAUUGCUUUAUCUUCGACCUUUGGAUAUAUAUACGUCCCUUUUAAUUUUUGCUUUCAUGAUCUUUUCAUUUUCUUGCAAAAUAACCUCGAUCAAGCAAGAGCUAUUAGAAAAAAGAUAUUGAAUACCUUGGAUAUAUCCUUUUAA